AAGAGUGAAGGGAGAAUGAUGCAAUACAAAGCGGUGGCAGGAGCCAUGAAGGCAUGGCUUCCUUGUGCUGGUAGUAGUCUCUCACAGUUCGCGAGGGCGACGGCCGGACCGAACCUCAGGAGGACCACGCCUGGCCUUCCGGCGUCGGAGGCUCAGUCCGUGGAAAAAGAAGAAGCAGGACAAGAAAGUGGACGCGUGCCAAGGCCUGCCAAGUCAGAGGCUGAAUCUGUGGAAGACCAAGAAGUAGGCGAAGAAAGUGGAGAAGAAGAGGAGGAGGCAUGGAGGAGAGCUCCACCGAAGGACCCCGGAACAGUGGAAGAGUUUCUAGUAGGAGGCGUGGAAGAGACGCCAAUAGCACCAACCCCGCCUCUACGUUCUCCGUCUUUGAAGCACACCGAAGCGAGCCCACCCAUCGGGCAGUCCUUACAGCAGAAGCGCAGUCUUCACACCAUUGAUAGGCGUGUCCUGGACGAAGCAGUAUGCGCUGGGCUGGACGGAUCUCCACCCAAAGGUGCAGCAGAGAGCAAUCAGGAGCAUGAUGAGAAUGAAGACGAACAUCCGGAUACUCUAUUAAAGCAGAAACCGUCGCCUCUUUCUGAGAUUGAGUUCGCAGACACCAGGUUUCCCAUAUCUCAGGCCUUGGACAGUGAGGUCACCAAGGAACCAAUUGAAGAAGUUGUGGGUUUUACAAAAGAGCAGCUUGAUACUGCCGAGGAGGCCCUUCUUAGAGGACAACGCUUGUUUGAUGAAGCAAAGAGUAGAGGGGGCGACCCUGACUUCCCCCCAUCAAGGGUCCUCCGGACUUUGCUAAAAAGUAGGAAAUCUAUGGAAGCACCAAAUUAAUUUGAUGCUGCAGGCGCUUGGCUUGGUUCUGUAGAUCUUGUAGGCCUAUCUCCUCUGCUUUUUACUGGUUUUUUUACCUGGCUAUUUGUGUACAUCUGGUUUUGUCACAACUUCUUGUUGGAGAGGCCACCUCUGUAGUUUGUAAAUAUUCAUCUUGUUUCUUGUUUCUUUCUCAUGAUAUUUGGAAAAAGAAAAGGGGAAAAGGAGGCUAAAAUUGUGUCCCA